AUGGCCGCCAGAGUAGAUGACGCCGCCAAUGCCGCCGCCACGUCCGCCGCCAUAGCCGCCGCCAAUGCCGCCGCCAUGUCCGCCGCCAUGCCCGCCGCCAUAGCCGCCACCAUAGCCACCGCCGUAGCCGCCGCCACGUCCGCCGCCAUAGCCGCCGCCAUACCCGCCACCAAGUCCGCCGCCGUAGCCGCCUCCAUAGCCGCCACCAAGUCCGCCGCCAUAUCCGCCACCAUGUCCUCCGCCGCUGCCAUACCCGCCGCCAUGUCCACCGCCGCCGCCAUAGCCGCCACCGCCUUGGACGACUACUUUCACUGUGCCGCCGUAGCCGCCACCCUUGUCCGCCGCCGCCGCCGUAUCCCACCACCAUGUCCGCCGCCAUAUCCACCGCCAUGA